CUGGCUCCGCUGGUCAUUUCCUGCUUCUGGCAUCUGAUUUCUUGCCCACUUCCCAGGCCUUCCACGGAGAGGCAAGCUAGAGCUGAGUGGGAAGCCGUGACUCCAGCAGCCGGCUUUUCCUGCUUUGUAGUUUUUUCCAGGAGAGGCAGGAUUCAGAGGCUGUUCAUGGGAACAGCCCCCUGACCUUCCAGCGAAGCUAUGAUAAGCAGGCCCCUUGUCUGGAGACCCGCAGAUGAGCUGGGUGACUCUGACAGAAAUGAGUUAAGCAAUGUCGUCCCUGGGGCCCACAGCCCAGCUCCGGAUGUGAGGCUCUGGCAGACACUGGCCUCCACAGCCACAGUCAUGGCCAACAGGACCAACGCCUCCAUCCCGUACACCAGCUAUGAAUACUACCUGGAUUACUUAGACCUCAUUCCUGUGGAUGAAAAGAAGCUGAGAGCCAACAAGCAUUCCAUUGUCAUCACCUUUUGGGUGAGCCUGGCAACUUUCGUGGUGCUCCUCUUCCUGAUUCUGCUCUACAUGUCCUGGUCAGGCUCCCCGCAGAUGAGACACAGCCCCCAGCCCCACCGGAUAUGCCCAUGGAGUCACAGCCUCAACCUCCCCUUCUGCCUCAGGAGGGCCUCCCCGCAGACAACAGAGGAACCAGGAAGUAGAACUGGCUCUGAGCAAUGGUUACAGCAGCACAGUCCCUCUGCCUCGCCCUUGGAACCAGGCUUGGAAUGGGGCUUCCCAGGGCAUCAGCUGACCUCAGGAACAAGCAAGGGGGUGUAGUGGUGAGCCCGGAGACAGAACUUCUCAGCUGUGGAACUGACAAACUGAUACACUCAAAUCAACAUGGACCAUUUACAAUGUAGUUCUAAGAACCUGACCAGGUCACAGCCAAGUCUACAGGAAGGACCAUCACACAGGUUUACAGUCCGGGGAGGACCAACACACACGUUAACAGUCCAGGGAGGACCAUCACACAUGUUCACAGUCCAGGGAGGACCAUCACACACGUUCACAGUCCCGGGGGGAUCAUCACACACAUUCACAGUCCGGCUACCAUGCAGAAGCUGCCCCGACAUAGCUGAUUCUGUUGAAUAUGUUAAUCUGCUUGCUGCUUGCGUUUGCUUUGGGAUGCGUAGGAAAAUAAAACAUGAACCAGGAUAAAGAACACUAA